UCUAGAAGAUCAUUUUCUUUGAAAUUGAUGCUGUUAUUUUCUUGUAAAUCUAAUCCAGCAUCUGUUCAUUUUAAAAAAAAAAAAAGCUUUCUUUUGGUGCGGAUAGCCCUCCCGUAAUCAUGGUUAACGUUCCUAAAACCCGCCAGACUUUCUGUAAAAAGUGCGGCAAGCACCAGCCUCACAAAGUGACCCAGUACAAGAACGGCAAGGAUUCUCUGUAUGCCCAGGGAAAGCGGCGUUAUGACAGGAAGCAGAGUGGCUAUGGUGGGCAGACCAAGCCCAUUUUCUGGAAAAAAGCUAAAACUACAAAGAAAAUAGUGCUGAGGCUUGAGUGUGUUGAGCCCAACUGCAGAUCUAAGAGAAUGCUGGCUAUUAAGAGAUGCAAGCAUUUUGAACUGGGAGGGGACAAGAAGAGAAAGGGACAAGUGAUCCAGUUCUAAGCUCCAUUUUUUGUUUUUUUUAUGAAGAAAAUAAAAACCUU